ACCGAGAAGUGCCGAGAAAAACAUAGGAAUCUUAGGUUAUAACUGAACUUAAGCACACCAUAUUGGAUAUUUUUCCUUUUCUGAAGCAUUGGACAAGAACCUGAGUUUGAUUUAAGUGGAACAUGGUUGCUUAUCUGGAAAUUUUAGUGAACUUGUUUAGUUUUCGUUGAUGAGCACUACUAUCUGUUCCUCAUUACCUCUAUAGUAUUUGUUUAACUGGGAAAUAAUAACUAGUUAGCUGAUUGGCUGUUCGUCACUGGGUCUUUUUGUUUUGCUGAAUUACAGAAAUGUCUCACUCAUCAGAAGAGGACACAGAUAUAAGUGACUCAGAGUUAGAGGAAUACACCGAGGAGUGUUACAAGAGCUUAAUGAAUGGGGGUAUCAAGGUAGAAUUAUCGGGUGGGGUGUAUAGAUGCUGGUAUUGCCAAGGGAGGAAAAAGAGGGAUUACAAAUACAAGGAGCUUCUGCAGCAUUGUUCUAGUUUUGGGAGCAAGAAUGUGAAACAGAAAGGGAGACAUUUAGCCCUAGUGAGGUACAUGGAAGAGCAGUUUAAGGCAAAUGGGUCAAUGUCCAAAUCCACAACAGAGGCUAUUGAGGCUCCUGUGGGAAACGAUAGCACUGAGGUGUUUGUUUGGCCGUGGGUAGGGAUAGUAGCAAACAUCCCUGUUGAGAAAAAAGAUGGGCGUUACAUUGGCAAAAGCGGGUCAAAUCUUAGGGAUAAGUUGACUGCACAGUUGUUUAAUCCAGUGAGGGUUAAUCCCUUGUGGAACUACAAGGGCCAUUCGGGAUUCGCGGUGAUUGAGUUCAAUAGAGACUGGCCUGGAUUUCACAACGCCAUGAUGUUUGAGAAAUCUUACGAAUCAAACCGAAAGGGCAGGAGGGAUUACUUUGCAGCAAAGCACAUUGGAGAUGAGCUAUUUGGAUGGGUUGCUCGCGAUGAGGACUUCCACUCUAACAGUAUAGUUGGUGAACAUCUCCGGAAGACUGGCGAUCUGAAAAGUAUUUAUGAAAUUGAAGCUGAGUGUAAGCGGAAAGAUACAAAGCUUGUGACGAAUUUGACAAACGCGAUCGAGGUGAAGAAUAAGCGGCUUAAGGAAAUUGAGUGCAAAUACAACGAAACUUUAAUGUCACUGAGCGAGUGGAUGAGUGAGAAAGAUAAGAUGCACAAAGCUUACAAUGAAGAGAUAACAAAGAUGCAGCAGAAUGCGCGCAGCCAACUUGAAAAGAUUUUGGAGGACCAUGAACAGACAAAUAAGCAAAUCAAAUUGCAGAGCAAAGAGCUUGUGCAGCGUGAGAAAGAACUGGAGAAACGGGAGGCCCGAAAUGAAGAUGAGAGGAGGAAGCUCGAUUUUGAGAAGAAAAUGAAUGAGAGAGCUACCUUGGAGCAAAAGAUAGCAGAUGAAAACCUUCUACGGCUGGCAGAAGAUCAAAAAAGAGAAAAAGAAAACCUUCAUGCAAGAAUUUUGGAAUUACAGAAGAAAAUUGAUGCCAGACAAGCCCUGGAGUUGGAGGUAGAGCGUAUGAGAGGGGCAAUACAAGUUAUUGGACACAUGGGUGAGGACGGAGAUUUGGAACUGAAGAAGAAGAGGGAUACACUUCAACAAGAUUUAGCAGAUAAGGAGCAAGACCUCGAAGAUCUAGAAUCCCUGAGUCAAGCUCUCAUUAUAAAGGAACGCAAAAGCAAUGAUGAGGUUCAACAAGCUCGCAAGGCGUUAAUUAAUGGCUGGACGGGGCAGUCAUCCCGGGCUACUAUUGGCAUCAAGAGGAUGGGCGACCUUGACAGUAAGCCAUUCCAUAUUGCAGCCAAGAGGAAGUAUGGAAAAGAAGCUGAUAGUAAAGCUAUGGAGCUAUGUUCGUUAUGGGACGCUUACCUGAGGGAUCCUAGCUGGCAUCCCUUUAAGAUCAUUGGAGGAAGUGACAAGGAAGAGCUGCAGGAAGUUAUUAAUGAAGAUGACGAAAAGCUGAAAAAUCUAAAGAAUGAGCUUGGUGAUGAAGUGUACUCUGCUGUGACAAUUGCCUUGAUGGAGACAAAUGAGUACAAUCCCAGUGGUAGGUACAUAACACCAGAAGUUUGGAAUUACAAGGAAGGGAGGAAAGCAACACUACGCGAAGGGGUAGAGUAUAUAGUCAAGCAGUGGAGAGUGAAAAAGGGAAAGAGAAUCUACUGAAGGUUUCGAGAAGUUGAGUUUUUCAUUUGUCUGACGUAGAGAACAACAUUGUAGCUUAUUUUUUAACAGAGAGAUAUAGGCUUACCAAUCCACUCUAUGGGCGAGCCACAUUAGCAUUUUGAAAAGUUGCAACAUAUUACUGUAGAGAGAGGUUGAGUUUUUUAUUUUCUUUUCAAAAGAUAUUUAGAUGGUCAUACCACAUGUUUUCAUGGCAGUUCUUUAAUUCCGAAUGUCAUAUCAAUACAAAGUAUUAUAUAAUAGAAUUGGACAAGUUUUGGUUUGUGGCUGUCCAUCGCUAUAU